GGAGCGACUUAUCAUACGGAACCAAAAUGUGGCCGGCCAUUAGGAAUUCGUCGUCUUAAUGAAAAUGAAUUUAUUGUGGCUGAAGCUUAUAGUGGAUUAUACACUGUGGACUUUGAAAAGGAACUGUUAAUCAAAUAUUCUCUAAUGAACAAACACUUGAAGAGAAAAAGUGUCAUUUUGCUAAUGAUUUGGAUAUUCUAAAUGCGAGAAAUGAUAGCAAUUCAUUUACUGUCUUUUUCUCUCAUUCUUCUACACGUUGGGACAGACGCCGGUUUAUGCAUGACUUUUUUGAAGGAAAAUCAACUGGAAGACUUAUUCGUGUUGAAUUUGAUAGAAAUUUAAAACCGAAGCCAUCGGUUGCUUUGGAUGGUUUGGGGUUUGCUAAUGGCGUCCAACUUCAUCCUGAUGGAGAAUCUCUUCUUGUAUCAGAAUGUUCUCGUGCAAGAAUUAUUAGGUAUUUCCACAGCGGCCCUAAACGAGGACAACAUUCUGUCUUUACCAAGAAUUUGCCUGGAUUUCCCGAUAAUAUUCGAAUUUCUGCAUCUGGACAAUCUUUUCUUGUCGGGAUGGCUGCUGUUAGACAUUCUGAUCAAUUUAUCUCUUUCAUGGACUUUUUGGGUGGCCAUCCAUGGAUUCGAUGGGGAAUAGUACAGAUAAUCCCUCAGCGUUAUCUUACAUCAAUUUUAAAUUUAAUCGCCCAAAAAUAUGGAAUGGUUGUAGAAUUGGAUUUAAAUGGUAAAAUUAUUCGUUCAUAUCAUGACCCAUCAGGAACGGUUAUUCAAGGAGUCUCACAGGCUUCUGAUGACGGUGACUUUCUUUAUCUUGGCUCAUUUCAUGCUGACUUUAUUGGGAAAGUUCCAAAGAAAGGCUAAUUACAAAUGAUUAGAUAAUUGACUAAAUUUAAAUAGAUAUAUAAAAUACACGUGUAGUUUAUUUUUUAAGCUACUUAAAAAAUUUUGGAUAAAUUAUUUUAUUUUUUUAAAUAUUUCUCGAAAAAAGUUUGAACAAUAAGACAGUUAAAAAAUGAUAAAAGUAUUAUUUAAUAAUUAUCAUCUUUUAACUGUUUUAUUGUAUUUUUAUUUUGUAUAAGUUACUAUCUCAUCCCUGUGUUCCUAGAGUUUUUAUUUUUUUGUUUCACAAUUUAUAUUUGUGUUUGAUAAAGAAAAAUAGUAAUCGUUUUUAAUGUCUAAAAAUAUACUU